AUGCACUACGUCUACCCUCACAGCAACUUCGGAUACCUCGUCCAACUGGUGGACUGGCUUUUUGGCACUGUGGGCACGCUUCGAGGGCGGCGCGUGGCCAUGACCGGCUCUCAGGGUGCUCUUGGCCAGGCUCUCGUGAGACAGCUAUCCCUUCAGUCGGUGAGGAGCAUCCGGCCUCUGCGUUAUGAUAUCGAGUGGAGUCGCGGCGACUACCCCAGAUUGAAGUCCAGCUUGAUCGAUACCGACAUCUUGAUUCUCGCAUGUGGUUUCAAAAACAACAGCGGUGCUAACGAGUCCAACUGUGUGUCCGCUCGCACCAUGAAAGAGCUGCUCGACCGCUGUCAGCUCAAUGCUGGGCUGCAGUCGCUCCCGGAAGUAUGGUACGUGGGUAGCGAAGCGGAGAUACAUGGCAGCUGGUCACAAGCCAGCCAGAGCUACACCGAGUCGAAGCGAUCGUUUGUACCCUUCGCCCGGUCCUACUACGACCGUGAGACAUUCCUCUAUCGGCACAUAGUUCCCUCGGCGUUCGCAUCGUCUAUGGGACCGGGGCUUGUGUACACACGAUGGUGUUCCGGCGUCGCCUUGUGGUGGAUACGCCGAGGCGCGCGCUAUGUGCUGGUGACAUAUACCGGGUUGGCUUAUGUGAAUUUCUUUCGUUUUUUCUUCUGGGUCAAGCCUCGUGGUGCAUUCUGA